AUGUCUAUUGGCACGCAAACCACCCCGAUGACGUCGUCAGUGGAGUCCACUGCGGCCCUCUCCACCUUCAGUCCGCUUGCAUUCCCGCCAAACAGUGCGGAUAUUCUCUACCAAUCGGUAGAGUCGCAGCGUGUGGCGGUAGUAGCCUUUGCGCUUCGUGACUCCGAGAACCAGGAGGCGGUGCGGCAAAGGAAGGCGCGACGCCAACUGCUGCGCACGCAGAUUGAGCGGCGACAAGAGAUGGAGCUUGUCGAUCAGCAGGCCUCCGAGGUGACUCUUCAGCUUCUGGAUCAUCUCGCUGUUGUCAUACAUGAGCGGCAAACAACACUGCGGCCAGAGGGGUAUCAAACCCUCGUGUUCGACAACGAGGAUAUGUACGAGGGAAACUGGAAGAGUUGCCGUAUGCACGGCUCAGGCUACCUGAAGCGCGUGAUGGCAAACGAUCUCUACGAGGGCGAGUGGUUCCUUGGACUGCGCAACGGCACCGGAACGUGCCACAGCCCUGACUUCGGCACCAUCUACAGCGGGAAGUGGCAGGACGGCAAGUGGCACGGACGCGGAGAGCUGGUGGAGCCAGAAGGCAUCUACGUUGGGGAUUUCCUCGACGGCCGUCUCCAGGGCUACGGUGAGUACGUGUACAACGACGGGCACGUAUACAAGGGAGACUGGCUGAACGGUAUGUACGAGGGCACCGGAACGUACAUUCUCCCGAGUGGGGGCAAGUACGAAGGGCAGUGGGCCAACGGCUCUGAGCACGGGCGCGGCACCAUGACAUACUUCAAUGGCGACACAUACACUGGAGAUUGGCGGCACGGGCUCAGACACGGUAUGGGCACGUACACAAGCCCGUUCCUGCAGUACGAGGGUGGGUGGCGUCACGGCGCCGUAUACGGCUGUGGACAGUGCAAGUACGCCAACGGCUCCACCUACGAUGGAGAGUGGCUCAACGGGAUGUACCACGGCGAGGGAAAAUUUGUCGACCCCGUACAAAGGCAGAGCUAUUUCGGCGAGUUCCGCAACGGCAAACGCUGCGGCCACGGCGUGUACCGCUCCGUGGGUGUGGAAUACACCGGCGAGUGGCUCGACGACAAAAAGCACGGUGUCGGUGAGAUGAAGACACGCGGCUCGGGGUCGUUUUACGGAACAUGGCGCGACGAUAAGCCGCACGGUGAGAUCACCUACACCGCGAACGGCGAGAAGAUGUACACGGUGUACGAGUCUGGCAAGUGCAUCCGCGUCUCCCCACAGGGACCCUUCCAGCAGGUCAACGUCCGACUGCUCUCGGCGGAGGACAUACCGGCGUGA